ACAUUAAACCAGCAGGCUCCAUAGGGGAAUCUGGUUAACAUUGGUCAGAGCUGCCUCCGCAUACCCACCCAUUGCCCACGGGAAGGAGAGAGGAGACAUCGAGACAGGGGAACAGGGGUGUCUGGCUGAGAACACAAUUUCCUGGCUGCAACGAUGCUUAAUCCUCCAUUAGGAAGUGAGAAAUGAUCUGUGUCGCGGCUGUUUCGGUACUCACCUUCUAGGGCAUGGCACAGAAAGCAAUGCCGGGCACCUCCCUGGAGGGGAUUCGACCCACCUACACCUACAAGGUGGUUCUGCUGGGGAGCAUGUCGGUGGGAAAGUCAAGCCUGGCCUACCGAUACGUGAAAAAUGACUUCAAGGAGUUGCUGCCAACCGUGGGAUGCUCCUUCCUCACACAGACGCUCAACCUGGAGGUAGCCACCGCCAAGUUUGAGAUCUGGGACACGGCAGGCCAGGAGAAGUACCACAGUGUCUGCCACCUCUACUACCGGGGUGCCCACGCUGCUCUCCUCAUUUAUGACAUUACUAACAAGGAAACACUCAACAAAGCAAAGCUGUGGCUGAGGGACCUGGAGAAAGAAUUCCUUCCUAAUGAAAUCGUCAUUGCUUUAGUGGGCAACAAGAUGGACCUUGCUGCUGAGCGAGAAGUUGCCACCGAGGAGGGGGAAGAGUUUGCAAGAACAAAAGGCCUCCUGUUCAUGGAGACAUCUGCAAAAUCCAGCCACCAAGUAAAUGAUAUCUUUAUGGCCAUAGCCCAAGAGCUCCUGCAGCGGGAACAAGAGAAGGCAUCCACCCCAUCCCUCCACAGGAGGUCAACAGUUGACCUGGGGGAGAGUGGGGCAAGGAUGGGGUGCUGCCAGCUCUGAGGAGGGGCAGCUCUGGACCUCAGCAGUGGCUGCAUGAGGUCUCCAAGAGGAGCAAUGACAAAGCAGGGGGGAUGCAGAAGUGCAGAGGCAGCUCAACCUAACCACACUCCCCCUCGGAGCAAGGUCAGAGCCCAUCGCGGGGGCACAGGGCCUCUUCAACCCUCCAGCACUGGCUUCAUCCAAGAGGUAAAGCACGGGGGUUUCUUCCACCAACUUUCCACUUCCAGAGAGGAGCUUGACCCCCCAGCACCACUGCCACUGGCCCUGACUGGUGAUAUCCCCCUGCCCCAGCUGCAUGUCACCUCCUCCAUCUCUCUUCCCAUUUGAAAAGGGAGGGGUUAACUUUCCUGAGAGAAGCAGGUGCAUCCCAGUGACUUUACACCCAGGCUGCAAAUAAAGAGAAUAUUGCCCUAAA